CUAAAACUAAUUAAAAGUCCCUAGACUUUAUGAAUUUCUUGUUUAAUUAAAACGUUAUUUCUGCGUUUGCGUUUACAUGAGGAAAAAAAAAAACGAAUAAUGGUCUUUCUAUCUAUGCUUAUCAAAUAAAUGUCUCUUUACCCAAAGGUCUAUGCUCAUAUAUAACCUCUAUGUCUGUCUCUAUCUCUAUCUCUUUCAUUCAUCAUUUACACAUGGUUUCUCUUAAUUAGGACAGCUAAAGAGAGAACGAAAGAUAUGGGGAAGAUGACCAAAUCUGGAGAGAGACCAAAACAGAGACAGAGGAAAGGGUUAUGGUCACCUGAAGAAGACCACAAGCUCAAGAGCUUCAUCCUCUCUCAGGGCCAUCCUUGCUGGACCACUGUUCCCAUCCUAGCUGGAUUGCAAAGGAAUGGGAAAAGCUGCCGCUUGAGGUGGAUUAACUACCUAAGACCAGGAUUAAAGAGAGGAACGUUUAGUGAAGAAGAAGAAAACACCAUCUUGACUUUACAUUCUUCUUUGGGUAACAAGUGGUCACGGAUUGCGAAAUAUUUACCAGGAAGAACGGAUAACGAGAUUAAAAACUAUUGGCACUCCUACUUGAAGAAGAGAUGGCUCAAAUCUCAAUCACAACUCAAUACUCAGAGAUCAGAUCACCUCACAGAAUCUUCUUCUUCACUAAUUUCUUGCGGGAAAAGAAACCUGGAAACCGAAACCCUAGAUCACGUGAUCUCCUUCCAGGAAUGUCAACAGAAACCAUCUUCAUCACCAGUACAAGAAAGCAACAGAAGCAUGAUGAUGGACAACAGCAACAGCUUGCCUAAACUGUUUUUCUCCGAGUGGAUGAGUUCUUCAGACUCACACAUCGACUACUCCUCUGCUUUUACAGAUUGUAAGCACAUUAAUCAAACACAAGAUCAAAUCGAUGAUGAAGAACAGAUGAUGAUCAAUAACAACUACUCUUCACUUGAGGAUGCCAUGCUCCGUACAGAGUUUUUGCAGCCUAAUCAUGAGUAUGCAAAUUAUUAUUCUUCCGGGGAUUUCUUCAUUAACAGCGACGUAACUUACCUCUAAAAGAAACGUAAAUCAAGAACAGUGGAUAUGGUUGUAAAGAGGGACAUAAACAAGUUACGUGCGCUACAAUUUACAAAAAUCUGUUUUUUUAGAUUAUUUUGUGAGAAGCUUGUAUUUUUAUUUGAAACUGGUUUUAGUUAUUUAUUUU